AUGAAGACGUCCGAUAUAUCUAAUCAAAGUGAAUCUGAUGAUAAUUUACAUCAUGAACGUAAUACAUUAGUUGUACUUGGUUGUCUUGCUGAAAAACUCGUUGGUCCAACUAGUGCAUCAAUGUUGGAUACAAUUGCACUGGAAUAUUUAAUUGGUCGAAUUUAUUUGGGUAUCCAUAAUUAUAAUCAAUUAAAAUCAUUGGAUUUCGAUGAUAAAGAUGUUUCAGCAAAAUAUUCAUCUGUAUUAAAAAUUGUUUUAUUUGCAUUAGUAGCUCUUGAAAAAUUUUCUCAUACAUCUGAAUCAAAACAUAUUUUAUUACAAUCAUUAACGAUUAAUAAUAAUGAGCAAUCAAAAAUGAAUGUAUUAGAAUAUUAUGAAUCAUGGGCAUUAUCAGAUAUUUGUCUUAAACGACAAAUUGGUUUUUAUGCUCAAUGGUUACUUGAUAAUGUAUUUAUACUUGAUUAUCGUCGACCAUCAUAUGAAACUAUCGAUCAUCAAUAUAUAAAUGUAAUGCUUAAUGAUAAAGAUGUCAGUGAAUAUUUAAAAAUUGGUCCUGAUGGUCUUGAAGCUCGUAGUGAUAGUGUUUCAUUUGAAAGUGUUCGAUGUACAUUUAAUGUUAAUUCAGGUGUUUGGUAUUAUGAAGUACUUGUUAUUACUGAUGGUGUUAUGCAAAUUGGUUGGGCUACAAAAAAAUCAAAAUUUAUGAAUCAUGAAGGUUAUGGUAUUGGUGAUGAUCAAUAUUCUAUAGCAUAUGAUGGUUGUAGAAAUUUAAUAUGGUUUGGUGCAAAAUCAAUACGACAUACAAAUCCUCCUUGGAAACCUGGAGAUAUUGUUGGUUGUUUGAUUGAUUUCGAUCGUCGUGAAGUAAUUUUUUCUUUAAAUGGUCGUUCACUUGCCCCAUUACGAAAAUUAUUCACAUCAACAUCAAACACUACAACGGAUGGUUAUUUUGCUGCAGCAAGUUUUAUGUCUUAUCAACAUUGUCGUUUUAAUUUUGGUUCAAAACCAUUUCGGUAUCCUCCAACAACCGUAAAAUCUUUUAAAACAUUUAAUGAAUAUGGUUAUUUAUCUGAUAACGAUAAACUUAUAUUACCGAAAUAUAAAAAAUUAGAAUUAUUACGUUCGAUAAAAAUUAAUGAACACGAUUGCUUAUUAUGUGUAGAUUCACAAGCUAAUAUUAUACUUAAACCAUGUCAACAUACAGGUUUAUGUGAACAAUGUGCAUAUAAAUUAGAUAUAUGCCCUAUAUGUCGAUCGGAUAUUCAUGAACGAUUAAUAAUCAAAAAUUGA